AUGGCCAAAUUCACAGUAUUUGCAAAACUCGUGAAGCUCCUCCCAACCGGGACAAUCUUCACGUUCCUCUUCCUCUGUCCUCUCUUAACAAACGAAGGCAAUUGCGACACCAUCAACAAGUGCCUCGCCACCGUUCUGGUUUUCUUUUGUGGCUUCUCCUGCGUCUUCUCUUGCUUCACUGAUAGUUACAGAGACAGUGAUGGCCACAUCCACUACGGGAUCGUCACCACCACCGGCCUUUGGCCGCAUAAACAUCACUCUACAUCGGCCAACUUGUCAAAUUACAAGCUACGGUUUUCUGACUUCGUUCAUGCUCUCAUGUCAGCUGUCGUGUUCUCGGUUGUGGUUCUUUUGUAUCCUGACAUAGUUGAGUGCUUUUACUCUUUUUCUCAGAGGGCUUUGUUGGUGAAAUGGUUGCCUUUUGUCACUGGUUUCGUUACCGUUAUGUAUUCAUUUUUUCCGAACAAUCGCCAUGGACUCGGAUACAUUCCAAGUGAUUAUACUUUGCUUUCUUGA